AUGCCUGUAACUGAUCAAGGUACCGAUACCAUUAAUGGGGAAGUUGCUGAAAAUGUUUUGCCGUUCCGAACUAAAAUAUCAGCGAUGGAGAAGCAGUUGGAGACAUUAAUCAAAAGCCUAACAAGCGAGCAGCUGGCCCAAUAUGAUUUGGCCGAUUUGUCCGUCCGUCUCGACUUUGUGGACCAAAUAAACGCAUCAUUUGAAGACGCUCAAUCAGCAUUGGAGGAAAUAUUAACCGUCGAACAAGAAUAUAAUGGGCGCCUGAGGUUCACAACUCUAUACUUGGAUGCGAAGGCUAAAUUGACCAGGCGAUUGAAUGUUAUUCAAAGGGCAGAAUCAAACCUUAGGUCUUCAACGAUGCGUCAAUUUUCUAUUGAUGGUGGUUCGUUUGGUGAAAAUUCAUCGGCCAUGCGAAAAACUAGGCUUCCAGAAAUUCAGUUGCCCAAAUUCAGUGGAGGUUAUGCAGAUUGGCCGAACUUUUUCUCCUUGUUUACCACGGUUGUCGACAGCAGCACGGAUCUCAGUGUUUUAGAGAAGUUUCAUCAUCUUCGUUCUAGCCUUACUGGUAUCGCUCUAGACACUGUUUCUUCAUUGGAGCUGACCGAGAAAAACUAUGCGGAAGCGAGUCACAUUAAAGAAUUAUUUUCCCUGAAACCUGUCGAAAAUGUUUCUGCUGUAGGCCUUAGACAUCUUAGUGACAAAAUGAAUUCGCAUUUACGUGCUAUGAUGACCAUUACCUCCAAAGGCCAAAUAGCGGAUGGUCUUUUAAUAUAUUUGGCAACAUCAAAAAUGGACAGGGCCGCACAGAUUAAGUGGGAAGAGAGCUUGGUGGCAAAUGAAUUGCCCAGUUGGAGUUCCAUGUCAUCAUUUUUAGACCAAAGGUGUCGUAUGCUCGAAAAUUUGGAGCACUCUGUCACAAACAUGGAUUCAACACACCAGAACACCAAGAAACAAAACCCCAAAAAUCGUCAUGUGCAUGUGGCUGCAGGAGCCAAAUCGCCAUCGUGUGUUUUUUGCUGCUGUCGGCAAUGUUCAUCAAAACACCAUACUAUGUUGCAUAUGGAGCAACCAUCUACGCCACAUCCUUCAACAUCAUCGCAACCUGUGGAACCAUCGAGCACUCAAGCGGUGCUGACGUCAUCCACCGACAUCUCAUCUGGGCCGUCCUCAUCUUCAAGUGGUAGCGUUUUGCUUGCGACUGCCAUCAUCCUUGCCAAAAAUAGAUUUGGUGAAUUCAUUCCAUGCCGAGCGAUUUUGGACUCUGCGUCGCAGCUUAACUUGAUUGCCAAUCGCCUUGUCAAGCGUCUUAGCUUAGACUGCCAUCGGGUUUCAGCCACCAUUUCUGGCAUUGGGGAUGGAAGUGUUGAUGUAAACAAAUCUGUUGAUCUGGUAGUAAAAUCUAGAAUUGGCGAGUUUUCUACAACAUUCGCUGCCAUGGUUGUACCCACAAUCACAGACUAUCAACCCGGCAUAAAUUUGGAAACUUCGAAUUGGAAUAUUCCCAAAAAUAUUCAGCUUGCAGAUCCAUCAUUUGAUAAGCCUGAUCGCAUAGAUAUCUUGAUUGGUGCUGAACUAUUCUUCGAUUUGAUGUCAGUUGGGCAAAUUAAGAUUGCCGCCAACUUACCAGUCUUGCAAAAAACCUUACUAGGAUGGGUAGUUGCUGGAGGAAGUUUUCGUUCACGGCAAUCUUGUUCGCUUGCCGUUAUUUAUACCGAUUUGAAGGAAGAAGAAGCACAACUUUCAACAAUUAUUAAAGGAUUUUGGGAAAUUGAAACCAACUUUAAGCCCAUUAUUGAAGAGGACACGUAUUGUGAAACCCAUUUCGUCAACAAUUUCGUCCGGCUACCUACAGGUGAAUAUUCGGUUCGAUUGCCUAAAGUCGAAGGCAAAGAUGUUUCAUCCCUAGGAGGCUCUUACCAACAAGCACUACAGCGUCUGUAUGGUUUAGAAAGGAAAUUCAGGCGCCAUCCGGAAAUAAAAGCCCAAUACACUGCCUUUAUUCGUGAGUAUGCUGAUUUAAAUCAUAUGUCGUUAAUAUCGCCCCAGGUACCUGAAGCCAAAUAUUUCUUGCCUCAUCAUUGUGUCCAUAAGUUGGACAGUACUUCGACGAAGCUAAGAGUUGUCUUCGAUGGUUCGGCCAAAACCACAUCAGGAAUGUCAUUAAACGAUAUUCUAUACGCUGGGCCUAGCAUACAACCGAAAUUGUUUAAUACACUAGUCAGAUACAGAUUUUUCAAGGUGGCGCUGAGUGGGGAUAUUUGUAAGAUGUACAGGUGCGUACGUGUAUCCCAUCCUGAUGAUUAUCUUCAGUGUAUCCUCUGGCGAGAAAGUGAAAUGAAGGAAGUAAAGGUCUACAAAUUAAACACUGUUACGUAUGGUACAAAACCAGCAGCGUUCUUAGCCAUACGCGCAAUGCACCAACUCUCCAUCGAUGAAGAGAAUUGUUUUCCUAUUGGCGCUAAGAUUGUUCGGCGAGAUUUUUAUGUUGACGAUAUGAUUUCUGGGGGCAAUUCUGUUGAAGAAGCUUUGGCCAUAAGACAACAAGUGUCGGAGUUACUCAAACGAGGCAAUUUUUUGAUUCGUAAAUGGUGUUCAAAUGAGCCAGCUGUUCUUGAAGGUGUUCCAGUUUCAGAUUGUGAACAGUUUCUGAAAUUUCAUGAUGGUACAGACAUCACAAAAACUCUUGGGCUGAUUUGGGAUCCCAAAAGUGAUAAUUUUAUUUUUUCGUUCAACCCCAUCAAUGAUUGGAAGGUGGUAACCAAGCGCACCAUAUUGUCAUCUAUUGCCCGGCUUUAUGAUCCUUUAGGCUUGAUUGGACCAGUUAUCACCAAGGCAAAAAUCUUCAUGCAGCAUCUUUGGAAGCAAAAUUUGGAUUGGGAUGAAAGUUUGCCUCAAAUGUUACACUCAUCGUGGAUCGAUUAUAUUAGCAAAUUCGAUUCAGUUCAUCGAUUUACAUUUCCACGCUACGUUUCGGUAAUCUCCGCCUCUACCCAGAUUCAUGGCUUUUGUGAUGCCAGUUUAGCUGCUUACGGCGCAUGCGUGUAUGUACGGUCGGAAAUAGAUGGCAUUUCACUCGAAACAACAAUGUCUUGGCGCUAUGUUCCAACGAAGCUCAAUCCAGCUGACAUUUUAUCAAGAGGCGCAACCCCUGAAGAGCUACUCAAAUCACCGUUGUGGAAUAGUGGACCGGAUUUCCUUUUGAGCGAAUCUGCAGCCUGGCCUGGUAGUACAGAAUACUUGAAGGACUUGCCAGAGCGGAGAAGGAAUGUAUUACUUACAACUACAUUAACCGAUUUGUCGAUACAGUGUUCUUCUGAAGCGUUAACCCCAGAUGACAUCAAAACUGGGACAACCCUUUUAAUCAAAAAUAUUCAACAAGUUUGCUUCUCGGAGGAGUAUAGAACAUUGAAAGCAAACAAAGCCAUUCCUUCAUACAGCAAAUUAUCAUCUUUGAUGCCUAUGGUUGACGAUAAUGGGUUGAUUCGAGAAAACUUUAUGAUCAAGGAAGGAGCGGAUGAAGGCGACUUGUUGUCACCGGUGUUGACCACCAUAACCUGUCAAUGGUCUGUGAAGCGAGUAACCAUUAAAGCAGCCAACCUGUUCCAUAUAAAAGAAAGUGGACUCACAUUCGGAGUAUUUAGUCAAGAUUUGCGUUUAAGUAACAAAGUCAGCCUGAACAUCAUCAAACGGAGAACAAAUUCAAAUAUGGAUAACCUACUGUGUGAUUUAUUGCUGAAAAUUCUAUUGACCUCUAUGCUAUGCUGGCAAUUCACCGAAGCUUUUGCCAUACAGCCAAGUGAUAGUCUGGAAAUCCCAAACAAUAAGACAGACAAAAUCUUCGUUAGACCAAGUAAUUUGAUUAUGAAAGAAUCCCAUGACGAUGGAUCGCUUAGGUAUCAAUUCAUCAUUGAUUAUCCCCAUGCACCGGUGCCGGGCAACCAUUACCUCAAACCAUGGGACAUUGUUUCCUCCAAUACCAUAACCGUACGAAAUACCGAAAAUGAGCAGAAUCGUAUAUUGAAAAAGAAAAAUAUUUUGUAUUUGUCCAAACCAGUGCUUGGUCGAAAAGAUCCCCCAAAAAUAAAAUAA